UGUGCGAGCGUUUCUGAGCGUUUGCAUUUCCUCGUCGGCUUAUAGUUUAAGUACUAGCGAGUUAGGAGUAGCGAAGUCAGGCGAGAGUAGCGAGUCGCUUCGUGUGUGUCCACAGAGAGCGUAAAAGAGGGAAAGAAAAAAAGGGUACGCAAUUAUCACAAGUGUGCGAAAGACGAAGAAAGAGGGAACACACACAUUGGGGCCUAAGCACGGAACACGAUCACUCGUCGUUCAAGACAUUUCUUCAAAUGGAGAAGAACCAUAAGAACACCGAUUGUUAUUUUUUCUAUUAUUCAACUUGUACAAAGGGUGAUAGUUGUCCAUAUCGACAUGAAGCAUCAGCUUUGGGUUCUGAAACUGUUUGCUCUUAUUGGCAGCAAGGAAACUGCCUCAAUCAGCAUUGUAACUUCCGACACAUGGAAAUAAAAAAAAAUAGAAAAGUAAUUCCUUGUUAUUGGGAAAAAUUUCCUGCCGGUUGCAAGAAGCCACACUGUCCCUUCCUGCAUAGGCAAUCUAGGACCAACAUACCCAAUCCAAUAGAACCUGUGAAGACUGCUCCAAUACCAACCAAGCCUGUUACUCAAGAAUGGUCAAAUCGUCCAGAUGUAAAGUUCGACGCAAAUAGUACUGAAGCUGAACAAGGACGUGGGAGCAGUGAGGCAGGCAACUUCAUCAACAGUCCCGCCGUGGACCCGCUGAUCGUGAACUUCGAAGAAGAAUCCGACACAGAAAGUACACCGUCGCCGGCUAAGAAUCAUCAGUGCAGCCGCAUCUCGUCGUGCAAAACUUACGAGGAAAUUCGUUUGGAAGAGAUACAAGCGGAAAGCGCCGCAUUCUACUCCUACGAUUCUGACUAUGAGGAUUCGCAAGGCGGUGGUAAAGUCCGACGGACGACCAGUGGCCAGUUACAACGAUCAUCCAGUUGUGCUAGUCCUUAUCCCAAGUCGGUAGACCAGAUGGGCUUCAAGAUAUUGACUCUCGAUGAGAUACGCAAGCGAAGAAGACAAACCAAGGAAGAACAAGCGGAGGGAAACGCGGCAAAGAACAGCAAGGAAGACACAGGAUUGGGAAAGGUCGCGAUAAAGGCGCAGGACGAACUGAAGCUCGCUAGCAAAGAGUCGGUCACGAAGAAAAGAAUUUUCUUUGAAGACGACCAGUCAGAGAAAAGUGUCAAGAGGUCAAGAUUACAGCGAACCAACGUUCCACCAGUGAAACUAAAGAGGAACAGAGUUACCGCUGUCACUGAAAUGCCCGAAGAACCGCUGAAGAGGCCCAAAGAAACGAUAGAAUCCGAGGAGGCGGACUAUCAAGAAGAAGCUUCUAGGCUAGAUCUCGAUUUGACGAGGUCUGUCAACAAGAAAGCCGUGCAGGUGAGGAUCUGUGAUAGCAGUACUGAAUUCAUCGUCUCACCAGACCUCGAACGUAUCCCAGUGACCGAAGUAAUGUCUCCGGUCUCCGAUGACAUUCUCAAGGACAUUGACGCCUUACUCACUGGUGAUCUCGAUUCAUCCAAGUGCAAUUGAUCGGUGUUGCGCGGAUACCGAACCGCUGUGCCAUUAAACUUUAGAUGGGUUUCAUUGAGCCAUUUUUGCAUUUAGACCUCGUUAUAUUUCUUUUUCCAGAAUGGAAACUGUACGGUUUUAGAUACAUUGUGUAUUAUAGAGUUGUUUCACGCGAAACUUGACUUAUUUUGCAGCAGGUUGUUUGAUUUGAAUAGUGUACAAUCCACGUUAAAUAUUCUA